AUGAAUGGACAGAAGCUGUGGACACGGGUGGCCGUGAUGGCACUCCUGGUGCUAACAGUGAUGGCAGCUGAAGGAGGCAAAGCAGAGAAACAAGGAAAGAAGGAGCGCAAGUCAGACUGUGGGGAGUGGCAAUGGAGUGUGUGUGUAGCUAACGAAGGCGACUGUGGUCUCGGCACCAGGGAGGGAACACGCACUGGCACCGACUGCAAACAGACCAUUAAGACCCAACGCUGCAAGAUCCCCUGCAACUGGAAGAAGAAGUUUGGAGGGGAAUGCAAGUACGACUUCCAGGCUUGGGGGGAGUGCGAUCUGGCGACGGGCAAGAAGAACAGGACGGGCGUGCUGAAGCGAGCACUCAUGGAUGCGACCUGCGCCGCCACUGUCACAGCCACCAAACCCUGUGGGAAAACCCCCAAGACUAAGCUGCAAGAUGCGAAGAAGCAAAAGAAGGAAGGCAAGAAGCGAGAGCGCGCCCAAAUGGACUGAUGAGGUUGUUUCUUCCCUGGGAGGAAGGAAGAAGAGGGUGGAAGGACGUGGAUGUCAACAUGGUUCCUCUUUGUAUAUCCUGUAGGUUGACAGUAGGAGCCUAUAGAGCUUUGACAAAACCAGUGGAAACAUGACUUUUAGUGAAAACAUGUUUUACUUUUUCUUCUUUCUAGCACCUGAUAAGAAACAACUUGUAUGUUGCUAUAGGAGAUAUAAUACUUAGCGGUAGGGACAAAUAAUGAAUACGGAAAGAAAUUUGUUUACUAGUAUUCUUACCUAAUGAUGUUAUUUUUUAGGAUUAUUUUCUUACGGACAAAUUGGAUAGCAUUUGUUUUACAGUUGCAUAGCUUGACUAGCUCUAAUUUGGAAAACUCUUUGGUCCAUGCCUCGACUUAAUGAAGCAGUUGGCUAAAAGUGAAGCUCCAAACAUCUUCACUUAAUUAAUUUGAGCAAACAAAAAGAUUAGCAUUUGCAAUUUUUCCAAGUGUCUCAAGUUAAUGGUAAUGCUUUACCCCAUUAUUUUGUGCUAUAUGAUAUUUUUCUUUUAUUUCCAGUAAGAAUAAACCUAGAUCUGUCCGGAGACUGCAUGAAAUAGCAUUUGUAGUGUGAAAACUACUACUGUUUUUAGUGUGUUUUCCUCUUGCUGCUCUGUUGUACCUCAAUUUAUACCCACUGAUUUUUACUCUCCAGCUGUUUGCUGUAAAAAAAAGAAAAACUCACUAUUGUAGUCGUCAGUUGGAGUUAACAUUCCCUAUGUUUCCAAAAAUAAAAAAGAUAGACAUGUGUCUCUUUCACCCUGUGCAUCCUCACACAUUCAAAAACUCAAAAAUAAAAUGUGAAACACA